AUGCUUGCCAAUUCACUCCAAAUCAUCUUAUUGUGUUAUUUUGCCAACCUUUUAGAGGCAGCACCUGCUCCAGCUGUGGUCACAGUAUUACAAACAGUCACAUCGGGUGAUUCAUCAAUACAAACAAGCGCCGCUAGUGCAAACAACCUUAAUCAAGCAGCAACAGCAGCAUCUAAUGCUAAUGUCGCCGCAACCACUGCAGCAACAGCAGCAGCAGCUUCUGCUACCACCACCUCGUCCGGUUUUUGGAGCGAGUUGUUGAACAGUUUUCAAUCAUCCUCGGCAGCAUCAACCACAUCUGACAGUUCGUCUUCUGGUUCAUCUACGGGAUCGUCAUUUUCGAGUAUUUUGAGCAGCUUAUUUGGUGGCAAUUCAGAUUCAACUGCAUCUACUGCAUCAACAUCUUCAACAUCAAGCAGUUCUAGUGGAUCAUCUUUUUGGGAUAGGUUAUCAAGUUUGCUCUCUGGUUCAUCAUCUAGCUCUUCCACUGGAACAUCAACCGCAUCAACCGCAUCAACCGCAUCAACCGCAUCAACUAUAGCAUCUGCAAACAUCUAUACUCCAUCAACUGACUCCUUGGGAUUUACAGCAACUUCAUCCCAAUCACAGCCGAAGUACUCAACAUCAUCCUCCACCUCAUACUCAGCACCAUCAUCAUCAUCAUCAUCAUCAUCUGAUAUUUAUGCUGCUAUUUCGGAUUCGGAUGAUAUUGACGCUUCAUUUGCUAGUGACAUUUUGGAUGCACACAACAAAUACCGUGCUCUUCAUCAAGCUGGCGAUUUAUCCUGGGAUGUUGACACAUACAAUUAUGCAAAGAACAAUGCUGACAACUAUGACUGCUCAGGUGUAUUGACCCACACACAUGGACAGUAUGGUGAAAACUUGGCUGCAGGCUUCAGCGAUGGUCCAAGUGCAGUUAAAGCUUGGUAUGACGAGGGAGACACUUACAGCUACUCGGCUGCCAACGAAUACAACCAUUUUACACAAGUUGUUUGGAAAGCUUCCACAAAAGUGGGAUGUGCUUACAAGGAUUGUACGAGUACCGGAUGGGGAAAGUACAUCAUUUGUGAGUAUGACCCUGCGGGCAAUAUCAUUGGCGAAGAAAAAGCUAACGUGUUGCCAUCUUAA